CUCACGUACAUAUAGACGGUAUUGUAAAAUGAGUCGAAUAUAAAAUCGGAAUCAGUCAAAUUCAACUUGUUACAAAAAAAAUCCAAAUGCAGCAACUAGGGAAGCAAAAGAGUUUGGGCUUUUGUCUAAACGUUGUGUAUGAAACUAUGAAUGUAUGAAACAUUACUAGGGUUAACCAUAAGCCGUAUCCUUAACCUGAACCCCGUACUUUCUGUUCCCUUUCAAGCUUUUCUUCCCUCUUUAAUGGCUGAUUGACAUUACCAAAACCCUCAAUUACUCCUUUUUCUCCCUAAUUUUAUCCAUUAAUCUCUAGUUUUUCUUACUCGAUUUUCGUCUUCAAGUGUUUCGAUGAUUUGAAGAUUCAAUUGAUUUCGAGAUUGUAUGGUGGUAACUUGAUAUUCUUCCAAACUCAAGCAACUGUAAUUAAUAGGUGGAGGGAUUCACCAAGUUUGGGCUGGCAAUUUAAGCAAAAUAGAAUGCUGGAUAAGUACCCUCUUCUUAUGACAGAGCAAGCAUUAGACUUUUGGCUGUCAAGUGAGAUCUAGAAUGGAGCAAACUGUUUCUGAAAGACCUUCGUAUCAGGAGCAGCAUAUCAGCCAACUCCACACACAACCUAAUGGUACAGUAAACAGCAAUGGUGCUCAUUUGGAACGGGAUCCAGAAGAACGAUGGUGCCCCAGGAGAAUUGGUGGCGAUCAAUUAAGACAUGAUAAGGUUCAAAUGCCUUUAUGUCGUGACAACUUACGAGGCAACUGUACUCGUGGAGCAUUUUGUAGAUUUUUACACUCUGAAUCUGAUGAACAUGAUAAAUCCAGGUUCUGUCAGAAUGAGCCAGAAGAGUUGGGUGCUGUUUCAACCGUAGGAAACUCACAAUUAUAUAGAACAAAUGAAGAAGCUGGUUCCACAGCUAAAUUUUCAUCAAGAGGUUGCAGGAGCAGGUCUCCUUGCCGUAGAUUUCAGAGUGGAAGGUGCUACCGUGGAGUAUCUUGCCCAUAUUUGCACCCUGAAAUGACCAGUUUUCAUAAUUCGAGAGUAGAGCAGCAGCAAGUAGACAGAGCAGUAAGAGAUCCUGGUUUUGAUGGAAGGAAUAGAGACAACUUUGGAAGGAUUUCUCUGGAGCACGUUGAAGCAAAUAAGGAAACUAAUUUUACGAUCAUGUCUUUUUCAAGAGAAUGCAGGAGCAGAUCUCCUUGUCAGCAUUUCCUCAGAGGCAAAUGUGAUUUUGGAGCAUCAUGCAAACGUUGGCACCCAGUCAAUACGCAUGCCAGUUCCAGACAUGAUUUGAAUACUCAACAUCAUCAAGGAAUCACAGAAACUUUUAAUUAUCCUGGUUCUGGUGAGAGAAGUCGAGAUGUCACUUUGAGGACAUCUCAAGACCAUGACGGAGAAAAUAUGCAUAAUCUUUUGAGAACUGGUACUUUUUCGAGGGAGUCCAGGGGAAAUUCGCCCUGCCGAAAUUACCUCAGGGGAAGAUGUUAUCGUGGAUCAUCUUGUUUACAUUUGCACCCUGUUACUGUGUAUGAUAGACCGAGGUCUGAUUCAUGGAGUGCUGAACAACGUCAAGUAGUUUCUGGAACUUCAAGAUCUCCACAUUUCGUUGAUGGCAGUAAAGCUACCAAUUUUAGGAUAUCUCAAAAUCACGAUCACAAUAACUAUGCAAACCAACCAUGUUGUGACACACAUGCUUUCUGUGAGCAAAACAAAGCAUGGUUGACAAAGGAUGGCGUGCAGUUGGCUGGUAGCAGAGAAGAAAUGGAUGUAACUGCAAGAAGUUGGUCAUAUGAGAGGCAGAGAAACAGGUUGGCUGGUAAUUUUGGUUGCGACAAGCCAAUACGAGAGGUUUGCCUUCAGUUUACGAAGGGUAGAUGUACCCGUGGAGAACUGUGCAGAUAUCUACAUGGAUUUCAUGAAUAUGCUACUUCUACCUCUAACUGGAAUGAAAAACCAAACACAGAAGCUGCUCGAGAUUCUGGGUAUUUUGGUGUGGCAAAUCAAUACACCAAUACAACGAUGGCUCAAGAUCCUGCUGAUUUCAAGAACUAUCAAAGUUCGUUAGGUGAAAGCAGUCUAAAAACAUCUGAUGAUUGGUUUGACAUGCGACGUGUUGAUGGGCUCAAUUGUGAAGUUUCCGGAGAAAAAAAUAGGAGUUUUUGUAAUUCUGCUAAAGGACAUGAGAAUGUUAGUUUAUGGAGUCGGCCAUUCAAAAGGCAAAGAAGCAGGAGUAGGUCUCCCAUCAACUUACAAGAUGAUUUUCAUAGCCGGAAGUUUAGGAGAUGCGAUUCUCGGAUUGACUUAUAUGGAGGUAGGUCCCACAAUGUUGUGCAAUUUCAGUAUCCAGAUCGUCGUUCUUACAGGUACGAGAAGCCUAUGUAUCACGUGACUGACCAACAGCGGACAAACGGUGAAGAAACUUCAGUGAACACUCGCUCUUGUGAACAUAAUGAUUCCAAGCUGAUGACACCUCAAACAGAUGAAAAAGUGGUUACUCAAGGUUUGCAGCUUGAACAGCAUGCCAAUGGCGGUUGUGGUUCAAAUAUUGGGAUUGAGGGGAAGAAAAAUGAAGCUGAUACUGCAAAAUGUGCUUUACAACCUAGUCAUGCUAACCAAAUUGAAGAGAUAUUAGCAACAGACAGUGUUGCAGUAGAUAGUUCAGAGGGGGCAGCUUCUAGUAGUCAGGAUGCUCUGGAAUUGGGCUCAACAUAUUCAGGUGGAAAGCACCUUGUUUCUCCAUCGGCUACUGAUCGGAUGAUGUUAGUACAAGAAGCCAAUGUUGAAGCACCCAUUGAUUUAGGUCAGGAGGGUAAAGAUGAAGCUGUUGAAUUGACACCAUCAAUAAAAACCUAUUGUAGGAAGAAGAGUAAAAAAAGGCAGCCUAUAUCUUGUGAAGAACCUACGAGAGAAGAGGGAAUUGAUGUCUCAAAACAGGGCAUGGAAUUCUGUUCUUUGGUAGACAGUUCAUUGAGUAAGCCAAAUAUUGUGAAUGUUUCUAGUGUUCCAGUUGAUAUGGAGAUGAGUGCUUCCAUAAAUAAUGGUUUGGAGAAUGUGCUCAUGCAUGACCAUCCAGUUAAAAAGAAGUUUAGGAAGAAGCGUAAAAAAAAGAGCCCUGAUGCUUCAUGUGAAGAAACCAGGAAGGGAGAGGUAUGUAAUGAUUUGAAACUGGAUACCCCUGUCUGUUCUUUGGUGAGGACUUCCUUGAGCAAUCCAGAGAUUGUGUCUGUAUCUGAUAUUCCAGCUGAUGUGAAGAUGAGUGCUUCCAAUAAUAAUGAUUUGGAGAAUGUGCUCGUGGAUGAAGAUACAGUCAAAAAGCAGGUAAAGAAGAAGAUUAAAAAAGAGCAGGCAAAGAGGAAUAAAAAAAAAGCGCUCUAAAAUGGAAACAAGUGCAUCUUGUGAAGAACCAAUGAA